AUGGCUGCAGACCGAAUCAGCCAACUCCCUGAUACCAUCCUUCACCACAUUCUCUCCUAUUUGCCCACCCAACUUGUCGUGAAGACCAGCAUCCUCUCAGAAAGAUGGAGAUAUCUUUGGGCUUCCAUUUCUCACAUCCACAUAGCCAUUUAUGAUUUCCCCAGCAUCAAGAGCUUCGAGCAUUUUACAGAAGCCGUGCUGCUCUGCCGUGAUGCAUCGUCACCCAUCCAAACCUUCCAUCUCUGUUGGGGCCGAGACCUGGACCAAGCCCAUGCCGAUAUAUGGAUCUACCAUGCAGUGCAUCGCCACAUUCGAGAGCUCGAUCUCACGCUCGCACGCGAUGGGAAGCUACCGCAGUGCGUGUUCACCUGCAAAUCGCUGUCAGUCCUCAAGUUAACAGCCGAUAAUUGCCUCAGAGCUAUAGACUUUCCUAUUAAUCUCUCCGGGCUGGAAACCUGGCACCUCUCUGGCAUCUCUUGCGAAGGCGAAACCUUGGUAAAAAUAAUCUCUGGAUGCCCGGUUCUCGAGGGCUUGAAGAUAAUGUUCUGUAAGUUUUGUGUGCUGGAGAUUAAUUCUAGGAAGCUCAAGCAUUUGGAUCUUUUGGAGACUGGCUCCUCCCAUGCUAAAGUUCGAGUUGUUGCACCGGGGCUGAAGUCUUUGGACAUUCAGGGUUUGAUGGCAGAGGAUAUUUCUCUGGAGCAUUUGACAUCUCUGGAGAGGGCACAUCUUCGCAAUCUUCUUUUGAAUGGUCCGACAAGGAUCUUUAGAAGCCUAUAUACUGUAUCAAGUCUCCGGUUAUAUGAUUCGGCUUUGGAGUUUUGUUCCUGUUGCGGCCAAUCGCCUCGUCACCCGAUCGUCGGGAAGCGUGCACGUGCGCCUGCAAAAACGAGAAGUCCACUCUGA